AUGCGCGUGCUCAUAUUUGGAGGCAAUGGGCGUGUUGCCAAAGCCAUGACGAGCCUGAUGCUGGCGAGAUCUUGGCAGGUGACAAGCGUGAUCAGAAACCCGAGCCAGGAGAAAUACAUACAAUCCCUCGGUGAUAACCAGAAGGGAACAAUUGACGUUAUCAGUCUUGAUCUGAAAGAUCUUAAAGAUUCCGGCGAAGUUCGGCAAAAAAUCCUCGAUAACUGCAGCCCAGAUUGCGUGGUAUUCGCCGCCGGGUCCUUCUCCGACGUUUACAGCAUUGACCGUGACGCGGCCAAGGUUAUCAUCAAGGCAUCGACUUCACAUCCGGCAGUCAGAAAGUUCCUCUUGAUUUCAUUCCCCGCAUCCCGUCGGAAGCCGGCUCCAUGGUGGGAUAGUCGCGAUGUCAUGGAGUAUAUCAAAGAAAAGAACUCCUAUCCUGACAUAGCCGACGCAAAGCUGCAGUCUGACGAGUAUCUGAUUGCCAUGUCAAGGAAACGAAACCUCCAGGACAGUUCAGGCUUCCAGGCAAUCAGCCUGAGGCCUAGUUGGCUUCUGACGAGCCCGGGUACUGGCAAGGUCCACUUGGGUAAGACCCGAGCACUGGGCCAAAUUCCCAUUCAGGACGUGGCUGCUGUGGCAGUAGGCCUGCUUUCGAGAGAGGAUACACAUGGCUGGUAUGAUUUGAUACAAGGAAAUGAUGGGAUUGAUGAGUCUAUUCACAAAGCUGUCCGCGAUGGACUUAACAAUAUCGACGGCGAAGAUGUUGAGGAAAUGUAUAAGCUAGCCGACUAAUAUUCGC